AUGUCAGGCGUCAAGGUUAACACAAACGUAAAGGCUACCGCCGUCAUCAUUGGCGGAACUGGACUCCUCGGUGUUUGGAUUUCUAAGGUCUUCCUCACCGACUUCCGCUCUGCCUUCCCCACUGUCCGCAUCACCACUCGCGAUGUCAACGCCGCCAAAGCCCUUGAGCUUGCCGCACUCGGCGCCGAGCUCUUUUCCUUCGAGGACUCGCUCGACGAAGUUCUGAAGGGUGCCGACGUCGUCAUCAACACGCUCCCGACGAGCGUCCCCGACGCGCACAAGAAGGUUCUCGCCGCAGUCGCAGCGAGCCCUGCGAAGGUGUACUUCCUGAGCGAGUUCGGAAUCGACCACGCGCGCACCAGUUUCCCCGGGUACGAGUUCAAAGAGUGGCAGUUCAAGCACGAGCUCGCCGCCGAGACCCGCGCCGCGCUCUCCGACAAGAAGGUCAUCGCUCUCUACACCUCCAUGUUCCUCUUCCUCCUCGGCUCUCCCUUCGCGCCGCUCCUCGGGCUCGACAUCAAGAACAACCAAUUCAAGUCGCUCGGGCCCGCGACGACCCGCUUCACGCUCUCCGCGACGACCGACAUCGGCCGCGCCGUCGCGCAGCUCGCGCUCCUCGCGCUCGACGCGCCCUCCGCCGCGCGCGUGCCCGACGUGCUGUGCAUCGCGCCGACAACGACGUCGACCGCGGCGCUCGCGGAGACCGUCGCGCGCGUGCGCGGGGUGCCGGCGGGCGCGGUCGAGGAGGAGGACCUCGAGGCGUUCCGGAAGGCGCUGCGCGAGGCGCCGGCGGGGAAGACCAUCAUCGACUACCUGAGGGUGAUCCUGGGCGAGGGCGCGGCGGACUUCUCGACGGACAACGGAAACGAGCUCGUCAACCCGGGGGAGAGCCUGUGGAAGUGGACGACGGUGGAGGACGAGCUUCGCGCGGGUGCGUGA